GGAGCUGUGACACACCAUGGCACAAGGACUUGCCUCCCCGGGGAUGUUCUCUGAUGAUGAUGUUGCAGCCUCCCCUGUUUUUGAAUCCACAGCGACAGGGUUUGGGGCUGAUGUGUGCAGGGACCUGCUGUCUGAGUUCUCUGCCAUCUCUCCAAAUCUGGAGGGCUCCCAGCAGGCUGUGUCUGAAGACAAUAAUGGAAAAUUAAAAGUGUAUCUGAGAGUUCGACCUCUGAAAUCUACAGAAGUGGAAAAAGGGGAAGACCAGGGCUGUGUCUGCAUUGAGAAUUCAGAGACCCUGCUUCUGAAAGCCCCUAAGGAUUCCUUCACCAUGCGGAGCACAGAGCGUGGAGUGGGACAAGCAGCACACAGGUUCUUUUUCACUCAGAUCUUUGGACCAGAAGUGGGGCAGAAACUGUUCUUCGACGAGACAAUGAAGCAGGUGGUGAAGGAUGUACUGAAUGGGCAGAACUGGCUGGUCUACACCUAUGGCAUCACCAACUCAGGGAAGACUCACACCAUUCAGGGCAGCAACAAAGACGGGGGGAUUCUGCCUCGCUCCUUAGCAGUCAUCUUCAACAGCGUGGGGGACCGGCUGUACCAGGCCAUGGACCUGAAGCCUUCCCUCUCCAGUGAGGUGAUCUGGCUGGACAGCAGGCAGGUGCGACAGGAGGAGACCAAGAAGCAGACCAUGCUGAGGGGUGGUCUGUGGGAGGAUGAGCUAUUAGUGCCACUGAAGAGGAGUCAUAGUGCUGAAUCCCAGCUCCAGGCCACCACCAGUGGCAGUUUUGACAGUGGAGUUGCUGGGCUCUCCUCAUCUAGCCAACUCACCAACCAUUCUGACAUCAGCCAGACAGAAGAACUGGGCCCUCGCUGGGCUGACUUGGAUCGCAUUUCACUCACCGAGGCAGAGGACAUGCAGUUUUCCAUCUGGGUCUCCUUCUUUGAGAUUUACAAUGAGUUCAUCUAUGACUUGCUAGAACCAGCUCAGGCUGGGCAGAGCCGCAAGCGGCAGACGCUGCGGCUCUGUGAGGACCAGACUGGCAACCCCUAUGUGAAAGAUCUGAACUGGAUCAAUGUCCAGGAUGCGGAUGAGGCCUGGAAGCUGCUGAAACUGGGUCGGAAAAACCAGAGUUUUGCCAGCACCCACAUGAACCAGAACUCCAGUCGCAGUCACAGUGUCUUCUCCAUUCGGAUUCUGCACCUACAAAGAGGUGCCAGUGAAGUUGUUCCAAAAAUCAGCGAGCUGUCCCUGUGUGACCUUGCGGGGUCAGAGCGCUGCAAGGACCAGAAGAGCGGGGACCGAAUGAAGGAAGCCAACAACAUCAACACCUCCCUGCACACCCUGGGCCGCUGCAUUGCUGCCCUGCGCCAGAACCAGCAGACCAAAUUGAAGCAGACUGUGGUUCCCUUCCGGGACAGCAAGUUAACCCGCGUUUUCCAGGGUUUCUUCACUGGACGUGGGCGCUCUUGCAUGAUUGUCAACAUCAACCAGUGUGCAUCUACAUAUGAUGAAACUCUGCAUGUAGCCAAGUUCUCAGCCAUUGCCAGCCAACUUGUUCAGGCACCUCCCACAAAGCUGGCACUUCCAACCAUACACUCCAUCAUCAAAGAGCACAACAGGCGAACCAGUCAGGGUCUAGAGGCAGCAGCAAAGGAAGAAGUAGAAUCAGAAGACAGUGAGGAUGAAGCAGAUGUCUCCAUGUAUGAGAAGGAGGAUUUGCUGCGUGUCGUGGAAGCUGCUCGAGAGCUGCUGGUGCAAGAGCGGCAGGAGAAACUGCAGCUAGAAGUGCGCCUCCGUGAGGAGAUCUGCAAUGAGAUGCUGAAGCACAUGCAACAGAAGGAGCAGUGGUGCAGCCAACAUGCGGAUGCUCAGAAGGAGAUGCUGGAAGAACUGUAUGAGGAUAAACUCAAUAACCUGAAGGAGUUACUGACUGACUAUUACCAGGAGGAGAUCCAGGAGCGUGAUGAGAAGAUUGAGAAGCUCCAAGUUGCUCUGCAGGAGGCAAACCAAAAGUUGGAGAGCCUGAAUACUAAGGAGAAGGACUCUGGGCAAGGCUUGCGUCGAUCAAAGCGAGUGGCUACCUCAUGUGCUCUGCAGCAGGAGCUGGCAGAUACUAAAGCCAAGCUGGAGCAGUGUCAAAUGGAGUUAAAUUCUGCAACAGCAGAGAUGCGCAAGUACCAGAAAUUACUGGAGCCGCCUCCCUCUGCCAGACCCAUCACUGCGGAUGUGGACAGGAAGCUGGAGGAUGGACAGAAGAAUGUCAGAUUGCUGCGUUCAGAGUUACAAAAGCUUGGGGAGUCUCUUCAGUCCGCAGAGAGGGCGUGUUGCCACAGCACAAGUGCAGGGAGACUUCGAGAAGCCCUCUCCACAUGCGAUGACAUUCUGGCUAGACAGGACCAAACACUGGCAGAACUGCAGAACAACAUGAUGCUGGUGAAACUAGACCUGCGGAAGAAAGCAGCUUGCAUUGCUGAACAGUACCACACUGUGCAGAAGCUCCAGGCUCCCCCAGCAUCUACCUUAAAGAAACGGUUCUGUGCCAACAGGGAAAACCUACAACCUAAUCAGCCUCCUGGUAAAAAGCCUUUCCUACACAACCUCCUGUCACGUUCAGCUCCCCGUCCUGUGGCUGGCAGAGGGUGGAAUCUUCGUUCAGCUGCUCUAUGACUUUUCACAAAGAGAUCCCUGCCCCGCUAUUACUGGAACAGGUGGCAAAUCCAAUAUAAUAGUAUCUGUUAUUCUUUGUGCGCUUGUUUAUUGUUACUGUAGCUGCUUGAGAGCUUAUGUAAACAUUUUUGGAUAUGUUAUGUUUAAACUUUUAAUUGAUACCAAAGUGGACAAAGUGACCUUUAAACACUACAACAAGGAAAGUCUUUGAAUAUAAAAUAAUGCAGAUGAAUCAAAAGAACAACUUUGAAGUGAGUUCUCAUCUUCAAAUAUGCUGGCACAUAAUUAAAAAAUAAGUUCACAAGAUCCUCCUUGAAAGAUAUUUUCCCUUCCUUGAAUUAUAAUCCUUUAUUAAAGUACACACGUUCUAGUUCAGG